CACAGUGGAGGAGGUAGAAGUUGAAGUCAUAACCAUGAAGGUCCCGGCGGAGGAGUUUAUGAGCGACAUUUUGAAGCGCUUGACGGGCGAGUCCGCGCUGCCCGUGUACAGCAACAUAGAGAAGUUCAAACGAGCAAAGGACGGCGCGUACUAUGUCGCCGAGGACUUCAACGAAACGGUGAAGAAGAGGGAAAUGGUCAACGCCAAGGAGCGACUGAGAAUCCGGAACUUGAACACCAUGUUCUCCCGUUUGAAGCGCAUGGUGCCACUGAUGCGACCGGACCGAAAGCCCAGUAAGGUGGACACGCUGAAAGCUGCCACCGAAUACAUUCGGUUGCUUGUUGCGGUUUUGCAAGACGCAGACAAUCAUGAUGGCAGCGGGACUGAUUUCCUAAACAAUGCAAUCACUUACGGUCAGACUGAAUGCUUGGCCAAUGACCUGUGGAAAGUGGAUGAUAUGCUGAACAUGUCAGACGAGUGCAUGGAGGAUGGCUUCGCUUUGCCGCCAGAGCCUGUAACUGAGGAUGGAGACAUGACCAGACUGGUGUUGCAACACUGUGUGAUGCCUGCUGCGUACCAGUUUAUCAUCCAAGUAGCACCGGAUCAGACUCAGAUGUCUCAGUCCUGAGAGGUUAGUAGAGCCUUGAACCAGUACUGGAAACAUGCCAGGAGCUGAUGCUUUGAAGAAUGAAUCGUCUUUGAGAAAAUCCUGUUUUAUUUGUUGUAUUUACAUUUAUGUUUAAAAAAUUCCAAUAGUUUUGAAGUGUAUAUAUUUGAAUUUGUUUUUAUUUUCCUUUUUACAAAUUGUAUCCCCGAACGCCUUUGAAGGAAGUUUAAAGUCUGGCUUCAUUUUUUUUGUACUUUCUAAAAAGAAAUGUUUUAUGUUCUUUACUAAAGUCUAAUAUGUACAACUUCAACAUAUUUACACUGCAGUGAGAUUUAAGUUUGGUAAAUAUUGAAUGAAUAUUAU